AUCCCUAAAUAAAAUCCGGAAAAUCCCAUUUUUGUCCGAUUUCCAUUUCCAUGUCCGAAAAAACUUCACCUUUUCCAAAUUCUCUCUCCAACACAACACAGACAAUCAACAACAAUACUAGCAAUUAUCAAACAGAAAUUAACCAGUACCCAGUAGGUAUUAGAAAGUGACCAUUAAUCAAACUCCCCUUCAAAUCCAUUCUUAAAUCUCAAGUUUCCUCAAUUUUCUUCAUUGAUUCUUACCACCCACCAACUUUUUUCCCUACAUCUUUAACUUCAAAAACCAGACGCCAUUGUUGAACAAUUCAAGCAUUCAAGCUCAAUCUCUCACACUUUCACACCAUAAACAAACAAUAAAACAAUGAAGCAGCUCUCGUUGCUUCAACAACAAGCUACUGGUCGUCGAAGCAACAGUUUCCGGUCAGUUGACGCCACUGUUGACGGCGCAAUCAAAUCUCCGGUAACAUUAUUCUGGUUAGUUCUUCAUGGAUUAUGCUGCUUAAUUAGCCUCGUUUUAGGUUUCCGAUUUUCUCGUUUAGUGUUUUUUCUUCUAUUUUCCCCAAAUUCCACACCUUCAAACUCUUCCUCGAUUACUGUGCCGUUUUUCCGAACCCUAGAGAAUCCAUCUCCGGCGAUCUUGCAACCUCCGGUACCGGAGAAUCGGACGGUUGCGAGUAAAGUUGUUGUCGGUCGUCAUGGGAUCUUGAUCCGACCGUGGCCCCACCCGAACCCGGAGGAAGUGAUGCGGGCCCACCGGAUUCUGGAGAGAGUUCAAAAGGAGCAGAGAAUGCAAUAUGGUGUGAAAGAACCUAGUACUGUUAUUGUGAUCACUCCUACUUAUGUUCGAACUUUUCAGGCUCUUCAUUUGACUGGUGUUAUGCAUUCACUUAUGAAUGUUCCUUAUGAGGUUGUUUGGAUCGUCGUUGAGGCGGGUGGACCGACGAAUGAAACCGCUACGUUGAUUGCGAAAUCGAGGUUGAGGACUAUCCACAUUGGGUUUGGUCGGUCGAUGCCGGUUACUUGGGCGGAGAGGCACCGGGUGGAGGAUCUUAUGAGGGUCCAGGCAUUGAGAUUGGUGAGAGACCGGAAAUUGGAUGGUAUAGUGGUUUUUGCAGAUGAUAGUAAUAUGCACAGUAUGGAGUUCUUUGAUGAGGUACAGAAAGUGAACAGAGUUGGGGCUCUUUCUGUUGGGAUUCUUGUGCAUUCAGGCGAUCCUAACGAGCCUUUGCAAACAGAGAAGGUGGAGAAUGAGGAGAGUACGUUGCCCAUUCAGGGUCCAGCGUGCAAUUCAUCGGAGAACUUGAUAGGUUGGCACACUUUUGACGCAAGGCCUUAUGUUGAAAAGAGCGCGAUUUACAUUGGAGAUAUAGGGACUGUUUUACCAAGGAAGAUUGAGUGGGCUGGGUUUGUGUUGAAUUCAAGGUUGUUCUGGCAGGAUAGUGUUGAUAAGCCAGAAUGGAUGAAAGAUUUGGAUACUUUGGUCGAUGAGAGCGUAGAAAGCCCCCUAUCGCUGCUGAAUGAUUUUUCUGCAGUAGAACCCCUUGGAAGCUGUGGACGCAAGGUGUUGCUAUGGUGGCUCCGUGUAGAAGCUCGCGCAGACAGCAAAUUUCCUUCUGGAUGGGUAAUUGACACUCCUUUAGAGAUAACUGUUCCUGCCAAGCAUACACCAUGGCCAGACAUUCCUCCGGAACUCCCAUCCAAUGAGAAGGUGAUAGCUUCUGAUCAGCAUGUUGUCGAAGAGCAUACUGUGAAACGGCCUCCAAAAACUCGAUCCAAAAAAAGAAGUUCGCGCGGUAAGAAAAAACGUGAAGUGAAAGUUGCAGACACCCAAUAUAAUUCAAGAAAUCAAGGAGAGAAGUAACAACCUUCUUCUUCAAGGUUAAAUUUCUAUUGAUUACCUAUUCUUGUUAAUGGGAUAUGCCGCCCCCUAGUACAUGGAGAAAGACAUCCAGCGGAAGGCAGUCCAAACAUAUACCCUAGUACAUAAGCAGAAGUUCAAGAUGAGGAUUUGCUAUAAUUUGGUUGGUUCAUAGUUGUGUGUAUUUAGCUUUCAUCCCUCAUUUGGUUAAUUCUUUCUUCUUAUUAUUUUUUAAAUUUUCAACCUUUCAUCUUCUUUUCAUCUUUUUGAAAAUUGUUGACAAGUUAAUCUACCUUCUUGCCCUAGGUAAACCAUUUGUAUUCAUACAUCCUCCAAUUCUAUACACACCAUCUUUGGUAAUACAGAGUUUAUAGAUUGAGUGCAGUUCUUCCUAAA